AUGAUCCUGAGGUUGACUUUGGUUUCCAAUCCCGAUGGAGACGUAUUUUGGUGUGAUACUGUCGGACAAUAUAUGGAUGCCCUGGCCGAUAUUGGUGCUUGGCAGACAUCCUGGUCAACAUUACUUCGUCGAUCUGAACCUCUAGAGCCCGCAUCCGCUAGCUCUUGCAGCGGGGCUGAUCUGACUUCAUUUACUUAUGCUUUGCUCGUCACUCUUAUGCAUUCUGGUGCAAUCACAUUUUGGCUAAUCCGAAUCCCCUUUGUAAACAGGUAG